AUGACGCAUACCAGUAUCACAACGCGUCCAUCUGACGCUCCACAAGGCUAUUCAUCUACUGAUACUGUGUUUUCACCAAAUAGCUUCACUUGCUACCAUGAUCAUGAAUUCUCGGCGACAAAAUCUGAUGUCUUGAAUCAGACUUGUUUCUACUUUGUAGUUUUUUUGCGCAAUAACCCCCCCUUUUUUCAUUCGAAUAGAAUACCCCUACAACUGCUUCACGGUGACAAAAGCCAGCAGCAUCGCGAUCAUGCCAGCCCCGGUGACGCUCCACAAGGUGAACAAAGGAAAUCUAUAGCUCACAGCAGUGCUCCUAGCGAGUCCACUGCUUCCUCACACCUCAGGUCUCAUGGGGGUGCGCAGAGCAAUCCAAGGGCAGGGGAUGGCAAUCAAAAGCCUCACCAGGGUAGGGUGUGCCCACAUUGUGCGUCGAAUUGGUGUCAAGUUUACUACGGGGAGAGGGCACCGGACUCGUCAGGGCGAAGGGACUCCCAGGCAAGUCAGUGCUUCUCUAGCAGUGUUGGGGACUUCAACGACUACCGACUGAGCUUGGAGGAGGUGCCCCAGCAGAGCCUGCAGGCGGUGGCAUUUCCUAGCGCCUUUGGGGGCAAUGGUCACGAGCCACGGCCGCCCCCACCGCUGUCGUCUUCGGUGUCGUUUCUUGAGUCCGAUAGCGGUGGUAAUGGAUAUUCGAGCGGCCUCAAUUCUACCUCCACGGCACCAACCUCGUGUACAGACCGCAUCCAGGUGCUGAAGGAGGGGAAGUUGGGGACCUCGGAUUCAUCGCCUGUCGGGGCUCGGGAAGGCCCGCCGUGGAACCUGCGCGUGGAGGAGGUGCGUACGGCGAAGGGUGCGCUGCGGUACUACCGCGUCAUUUUGUGCACUACCUUCACGGCACUUGUUGCCUCUCACACGAGCAUGAUGCACUCGUUACAGACCUUGCAAACGGCUGUGGCCCUUGUGAUCACAUGUCCUCCAGGAGGGGUGCAUCUCCGUUUUUUGCUGAACCACUUCAACGUCCUCCGUAGUAUGCUGCACCGUACCCUUGGUUUUAGUAUGCACCUCGUGCAAUUAUAUUUCGUUGAGUUUCUUUCAAACACAAACGGCAGUAGUCAACGUGAGAAGCGCAAUAAUGCGCUACAUACGACGCGUCGCCUUGAGCGCUCGGAGGAGGCAGUAGUUACAUAUCAUCAGCUCAAAGAGGAGCUCGGUAACGCUUUAGAUAUCGCGUGCCCCCUCCAUUCAUUUGGCUCAUACGGUUUCCCCAACAGUGCCGCUGUGAGCACACAAUAUGGGGUGCCUUUUUUCCUUGAUUGCUUGCUGAUGCGAGUAAGGAAAACUACCAGUAGUGACCACACCAAGCAAACCCUUCCGAAUACACCUCACCUCAGCGUCGCGGAAGGGUUACAGGCAGCUCUUGCACAUGUGAAUGCACUCAGCAAAGACUUUCUGAGCGCGAUGGUUGCAGCACUGGUUGCCGUAGGCAUCAACACGAAGCACUCUGACACUGUCGAUAGGAAUGCAGGAUACGCAGCCUGUGGGGAGGACCCCUAUGCCGCUUACUGGGACCUUCUCAAGACGACGCCACAGGAGCGGGAGGUAGAGGAGGGGACGACGACGAUGUCGACACCGCCGCCAACGCCGCCACCGGCGACGGCGCCCCACAAGCCAGAUGAAGGAGAAGGCGGCUACACGCUGUCUGGCCAUUCUACACCUCGCAUUGUCGUUUUCACGCGCGACGCAAAGCUGGCACGCAGCCUCAUGUUCAUCGCUGCCUUCUUUCUGCGUGUUGAGGCGUCAUCGUGCGCCCUCACCGGGGAUCGAAAGUCGAGAGUACCGCUUCUGGUGCGCUGCAACGACACAGCGUGGCUGGAGGCGAUGCGUGAGACCUAUGCUUGUGCGUUGGCCGCUAAAACCCGUACGUGUGCGUAUGCCAACGUCCCCAUUCAAUGGGUCUGCGAGGAGUUCCAAGAGUCCUGUCUGCGCUUGUUGGCGUCCGCGUACAGUCCAGACAACGAUAUCGUGGUUGUGGCACCGAAACGGCUUCUCUGCUAUAGGCUUAGAUACGUCAAGACCCUCGAACGGACGACGAUUUUCAUAGAGCAGGGGGCUGAUGGGGCGGUGUGUUUGCGGGGAGCAGCCAACGGCUCCGAACCCUUCCGUUGUCUUCUCAAAAAAAAAUCUGUUGUAGAAGCUGAUCCGGUGAUCAGCGCACUACUAGACGAGGCCUUGCAUCUUCAUGAAUGCAGCAAUGGCUACAUUACGGGCAUUAGUGUACUAGAGUCCAUUUUAGGCUGGUUACAUCGGCAGAGUGAGGCGUACCGACAGCAUUGUGCAUUAUUAGCCUUGACAGGUCAAGCGCAGCCUCCGGAGAGUCCGCUACCCUGGAGUGAAGACGUAGAGGAGGUCCAGGAUGCGACGGAUGAGACUCUUGGUUCGCCCACGCAAGGAGGGAGGCCCGCGACGCACCCGCACACGAUCUCUCCCCCACCCGUCCGAGCCACGCAACCCCUUAGUGUUGACCGCGACGGAAGCCGCAGAAGUGCGUCGUGGGCGAAUCGGCCCGGGCAAACGCUUGAGGGCCUCCUGCUGCCGGGAAGUCUCACCGAGUGCGCUAGUGGCUAUGCGGAGUCCUUGCGCAUCUCGAGUGGUCUGGUCUUCUCCGUCCGGUCGCCCUCCGAACGGCAUGAUCAAGCCACGUCCUUCUCGCCACCGUGGCGAUGGAGGCGGGAUAGCGGACGCGGCGGUGGAUUGAUCCGCUCACUUUGCUCUGCUCCUUUGCUCUUUCAGUCGCAGAAGUACCACUGGAAGGAUGAGGGCGUUGAGCAAGGUUUUUUGGACCGGAAUCCAUCUGAAAGCCAACUUCAUCGCUUUAUCUUAGAAAAUCAUUUGGAUUAA